GAACAGAUGUUGUCAUUGUUAAAAAUGGCAGAAGAAUAUGUGGCACGGGAGGCUGCUUAGCCAAUGCACCUUUGCAUCAGAACAAGAGCUAUUUUGAGUUUAAAAUCCAAUCCACAGGGAUUUGGGGUAUUGGAGUUGCAACCCAGAAAGCAAACUUGAAUCAAAUUCCACUUGGUCGAGAUGUCCAUAGCCUGGUGAUGAGGAAUGAUGGAGCUCUCUACUAUAACAAUGAGGAGAAAAAUAGACUACCAGCAAACAAUCUUCCUCAGGAGGGCGAUGUGGUGGGCAUUACAUAUGACCAUGUAGAAUUAAAUGUAUAUUUAAAUGGGAAGAACAUGCAUUGUCCAGCUUCAGGAAUCCGAGGGACUGUCUAUCCAGUGGUCUAUGUUGAUGACAGUGCCAUUCUGGACUGUCAGUUCAGUGAAUUUUAUCAUACACCUCCACCAGGGUUUGAAAAGAUCCUCUUUGAGCAGCAAAUCUUCUGAAUGUCUUCAUACCGAAAAUUUGCACCCUGCACUGUUACAAAAGCUUUGUCAUCUUAAAUAAAGCUUCACAUUACUUUUGGGAAAUAUAUCUGUAUUUUUCGUAAGUACUUGUGACUGUUGUCUGCAGAAUUAGUAUGUUAACUGCAACACCAGGUAACUGUGUUGCAAAUACAAGAUUUCUGACACUGUUUUGUGGCAGGGUUUUUCUCUGAUUUGUACUUGAUGCAUAAGGAGACUAAGGGAUAUUAUUGACAUCAGUAUUACAUUCAGUAUUUUGAAUAAACUCGAGCUCUGUAAAGCCAGUAGUCCUUAUGCAUAUGAUAGCUAUGGAGAUGGAUAGUUCUUAUGAUUUUCUUUCCCAGCUUUUUUCACACAGAAGUUUUUUCACACCUUGUUUAACGGAAGCACUGUGUUUCUAGUCUGUGAUUUGGAGUUGUGAUGUCCCAGUAGUGCACAAUGACUAGUAAUACGAUGGCAUAACUAGCAGCCAGGUACUUUGGGGUUUUGUUUUGUUUUGUUUUUUUUCCCAAGGUGUAAUUUAAUCAAUUUCCUCAAUCUUAGAGUGACAAGUAUAACUUAUCUAUUUCUCCUAGCUUUUCAUUUGCUUUAAUUGUGA